CAGCCACUCAUGAGUCCGCAGGGCGUAAGCGGAUUAUAAGCUUGCGUUCAGGUGCGACCCGUAUUCAUUCUAGGUACGGUGCAACCAUAUCAAGGAGGGAGUUCAUUUUGUAUUGCGCCGCCGCCACGUCAGGCGUGAAAAAUGAAGUGUCAUUACGAGGUGCUCGCUGUUGAAAGAAAUGCCAAUGAAGAAGACCUCAAGAAAGCUUACAGAAAGCUUGCCUUAAAAUGGCACCCAGACAAAAAUCUCAACAACCAAGAGGAGGCGACUGCCCAGUUCCGACUUGUCCAGCAGGCGUACGACGUUCUCAGUGAUCCACAAGAGCGGGCGUUUUACGAUAGACACCGGGAACAAAUUAUCCGCGGAGGAUUUGACAACGACUACAAGGAUAACAGCCUGAACGUGUACCAAUACUUCACGGCAUCCUGCUAUUCGGGUUACGCCGAUGACGAAAAAGGGUUUUAUGCAGUCUACAGGGAGAUUUUUAAGACCCUGGCAGCUGAGGAUUCCGAAUUUACCAAAGAUGGUGACAGCGACUUCGAGAUUCCUGAGUUUGGUGAUAGUCAAAGCGUAUUUGAAGAGGUGGUGCAGCCCUUCUACGCCUACUGGCAGUCGUACUGCACACGCAAGACGUACACCUGGCUGGACAAGUACGACAUUCGGCAGGGCCCGAACCGCUGGACCGUCCGCCAGAUGGAGAAGGAGAACAAGAAGAUCCGCGACAAGGCCAGGAAGGAACGCAACGAGGAGGUGCGUGCCCUGGUGGCGUUCGUGCGCAAGCGCGACCGACGCGUGCAGGCGCAGCAGCGGCUGCUGCAGGAACGCGCCGCCGAGAACGCUCGCCGCGUGCAGCAGCUGCGCGAGCAGCAGCGUCAGCAGCGGCUGGAGCAGCUGGCCAGUUUCCGCGAGGCCGAGUGGUCACGCGGAGACCAGCACGAGGAUCAGCUGAAGCAAAUGGAAGCCGCGAUUGCCCGACAGUUCGGCGAGGAAAUAUCUGGCGAUGAUGCGUCGAACAGCGAUGAAGAUGAUGCCGACAAUAAUUUGUACUGCCCUGCUUGUGAUAAAAUAUUCAAAACGGACAAAUCCUUCAAAAAUCACGAGGGAUCCAAGAAACACCGGGAGAACCUUGCACGCCUCAAGGAGGUCAUGCUAGAAGAGGACGAACUCAUGAAUGGAGAACUACCCGCUACCGACACGAAGAGUAUUGGAGAGAGCACGGACUCAAGCGGCAGCCCGCUGCCGGCAGCCAGCCGGAGGACCCGCAAGAAGCGGCGGCGGCCGGCCGCGACUCUGGAGCCAGCCGACGCCGGCGAGGCGGGGCCGAGUUCCGACGGCGAGGCGGCGGCGGCCGUGGCGGCGCUCCGGCUGCAGGAGUCGCCCCAGCCGACGGACACCGCCAGCGCCGGCCCCGGCCCCGGCCCUGCGCCGCCCAAACUGAAGGGCAAGAAGGCCAAGGACGCCAGGAAGAAGGCGCGUGCUGAACAACAGCAGCAGCACCAGCAGACGGUGGCACCAGAAGAAGAGGACAAAGCAAACGAAAUAAUGUGUCAGGUUUGCCGUUCUGAGUUUCAGUCUAAGAACAAACUGUUUGAUCACUUGAAAAAGACUGGCCAUGCCGUGCUAAAGGAUAGUAAGGCAGCAGGAGCGCACAGCACUGAGCAGAAGAAGGGCAAGAAGAAGCGAUGACGUGAUAGAUCUGCUAGCGCUCUCUUGUUGAAUAUUUAUACGUACUUUUACGCCAGUUUGGGCAGUGGUAUCUCCCUAAUCUGUUGAAUCUGGGAUAAUUUUUACAAUACACUGUCAAGCGGUACUGA